AUGUUCCCAGUGUCGGCUGUGAGAUUUGUGGAUUCUCGUCCUCGGUCCGUGAUAGCAUCCUGUCUGAUGUGGAUCGACGUUGCAAAGAUUUUGCCACAGUGUCUUUUGUUUCAGAUCUUGGGGGGCAAGAUCGCCACCCAUGAGAAGGUCUUCGAACAGCUCACUGCCCUGAUCGGUGACUUGGCUCGACAGUCUGACGUGUCCAUUGCGAAGGUGAUCUCGGCCACGGUCACACAGCUCGUCGACUCGGGUGUUAUCGAGUCUCAGGUCCGCCUGGUGCUGGCGCAGGGGAUGUCGGCGCCGUGCCCUGGCUCGUCGUCGCCGUCUGCCUCUGCUUCGCGGGGUGCCGCUGCCCGUGUCCGUGCGCUCGUUCCUCCGCUUCCUGCUGAGCUUUGUUCGGUCUGCGGCGGCUCCUUCAGGUACGUAGGCGACGACAUGUUGCCGUGCUCGUGCCCGGGGGCACACAUCGACUUUGGCCGCGAUUCGGAGUCUGACAAAGGUUGGGAGCCGUAA